AUGGAAGCACCAGCUGAACCAAAACAGGCCUCAGAGGCUCCGGAGGCAGCUGUCCAGCCAGAAACCCCCACGGCGCUGGCAAUUGAGCCACAGGUGGCGCCCCCACCAAAAGUGGAGGAGAAACCGCUGGAACCUACCGCAAACACUACUCGCCUGAAGACGAAGGAAGAAGGCUUGAGUGCUCUGGAGCUCAAGCAGAGGGCCGCCAACGUCAAGGUGCAUCCUCGGCUCAAACCAACGCCAUUUGAAGCGGACAAUUUUGAUGUGGAGCCAAUUGUCACUCAGGAUUUCCAGAACCAGGGCAUCACUUUUGCUCAGUAUGACGAUCUUCCGUUGAACAAGCGUGGAUUCAAGUAUAAGCCGUGCCGACCAAAUCGGGCUUUUUCUUCGAACUUGUACCUGACCACAGACUACGCUCCUCAUAGAGUCAGGGUCAGCUACUUUGACAGAUCUACAGGUAUUGCCUGUAGUGAAGAUAUGAAUGCUGUUACUACACAACAGGGCUGGCUUUCGGCGCGAAGCAACGUGGGCAUCAGAGAGGGAAAGUGGUAUUUUGAAUUUGACAUUCUCAAUGCUAAUAACACCUCGGGCAAGAGCCAUGUGAGAGUCGGGGUGGCCAGAAAAGAGGCCGCUUUGGAGGCUCCAGUGGGGUUCGACGGUUACGGCUAUGGUCUUCGAGACUUGAACGGACAGAAAAUCACGCUUAGUCGUCCCAAACCGUUUAUGGAAGACGAGGAGGGUUUCAGCACCGGCGACACAAUCGGGUUUCUUGUGGAGCUACCCUCGAUUGAGGAACAGAGAAGGCACAACGAGCAGUUUGCCAAGGACUCACAUACCAACAAGAAAAGAAAAAAGGCAGGUCAAUUGGCAGCCGACGAAGAGGAAAAGAAGCUCAACUUGCAUCUGAACAUUGUCCGGGACCAGAUCCCCAUAAAGUACAAGAACGCCUUGUAUUUCGAGCAGUUCGAGUACACGCCCACUAAGCAGAUGGAUCAUUUGCUCAACCCUGUCACAGUUUUUGGUGAAAAAGCGUUCUUGGAGACAGUCGACAAGCCGCCCACGCUACCGACGAUUCCGAAUUCCAAAAUCACCGUAUUUAAAAACGGCAAGUCUCAUGGAACCAUGUUCGAGGAUAUCUAUUCUUUCUUGCCGUUGAACGUCGACAACGACGCUGCGGCUUCAGACGCCAACACCAAGCAACAGCAGAAUGCAGCAUACAGAAACACGGACGACGGCAGCUUGGGCUACUACCCUAUGAUACUUCAAGUUCCCCGUUCCCAGCGGCUCCCGUCCUUUGUGUGA